UAAUCAAACAUUCUUCUGAACAUGCUGGACUGUUAGUAGAACAAAGCCACCUAGUCAUAUGUAAUAGCCUUGCUUGUCCAGAUCUGGCUUUGUACCUUUACCUUGCUAACAAAAUAGUAAAAGAGCAGGAUGUAAAACACUUUCUUCAUAAAGGAUCUACAGGAAAUGUGACUAUUUACCUUACAGCUUCUGAGAAGUUGCAUGAUUUCUUAGGAAAUAAUAUAUUGUAGAUGCUACAUGUAUGCAUCAGAAGCUAAGCGGGUAUCUAAGCGAUCUACUGUGCUGUCAUAAAGGCUCCCUGUGUGGUUACAGUCAUGUGGAUGUGUUGAGUCAUUUGUGAUCUAAGAAACCAGUUAGGUUAGUCAUUGGAGGUAUCCGAGAACUGGAGGGAACUCAUCCCAGAUCCAACAUGCCUAUUAAGCCAAUUGGGUGGCUAUGUGGACAGGUGAUAAAUAGAUUUGCUGGACAAGCUUAUGUUCUCCAGAGAAUAGCUGUGGAAAUUAUAGAUGACAUUAAGGAUGAACUUCCAAACAUAGUAAAAUGGAAACCAUCAAACCAGCAGAAUGAUUCCAUUGUGCAGGGCUCAAUGUCAGUUGUGGCAAGUGUACUGUCCUCAUCUCAUACAGUAAGAGUUAUCAGUGUGCUAAGCAGAGUCUCUGCUGCUUCAAAAUCCGUAGCCAAAUUCUUGCAGCCACAACUGGUAAGAAAAUUCGCAGAGCUGGACUUGCUGUCAGGGCACCUUCUGCAAAAUCCUCACACACCACUCUAUACAAUUCAGACUACAAGAUGCUCACUAUGUGAUGUGAUCUGCUAUCCAGCAAAGACUGUUAUCACCAGUUUAAUGUUUGCUUUCUAUGCAACUCUCAUUUAUAUGGCACUCUUUAUUAACACAGUACUAAGUAAAAUAAAAGAGAUUAUUCAAGGAAAGUCCUCCAGAGAAAACACAAAGGACAGUGUUGAUAAAAAAGAUUUAUCCCUGAAAUAUGAAGAUGCAGCAAGAUGUACAGUACCCUCUCCAGUGAAACACGUCGUUUCUGAAUUUCCUGUUGAAAAUUCAAUAAGCAGCAGUAUUCACAUCCUACAUUCUGCACUGGACCAGGAAAAAUCCACUGUAGUUCUACAUGAAAAUUAA